AUGUCAACCUUAACAUCCCUCCAACCCACCGAACCCUCCGACUUCCUCGUCCAACGCCUAACCCUCUUCCCCCCCGCCGCCCGCGCCGACGCCUACAUCCUCUCCCUCCUCUCCCCAAUGACCAAACACCGCGUCCAACUCCUUUCCCUCGGCCGCGGCAAAAACUGGGCGGGUGCAAUCUCCUGGCUCCCACCUGACCAAGCCCUCGACCUAAUCCUUCCGUUCCAGAAUAUUGACGUAUCUCUAGGAGGCCAGGAACGAGCGAUACAAGGAUUGAAGUGGAGGGGUGUGAGGAGGUUUGAUGAGCAAUCGUUGGUGGGGAGCUGUGUUUUGCCUGUGAUGGGGGUAGAGAUGGUAUGGAUGUGGGUUGGGCUUGAGGAGGAUGAGGAUCGGGUUGGUGGGUGGAAGUUGCAUGAUAUUUUGCCCUUGCCAGGGAGAGAGGAGGUUAAGGAGUGGCUUGAGGCUGCGGAGUUUUAUCCUACGGUUGAGGAGGCGGAGAGAAGGUUUAGGGAGGAGAAGGAGGGGAAGGUCGAGGACAAGCAAGCACCGACAGAAGAAAAGACAGCUGAAGAUGAAGAAGAUGACGAUUACUGGGAUCAGUACAACGCGGUUACGGGCGAACCUCUUCAGGAACUUCCUGAACCAAAAGCUAAGACACCGGCGCUGGAGACCGGGACGCCAGCCACUCAAGAUGAGGACACGUAUUACAGACAAUACGAUCAGAUUGAAUCUCAGAUCGGCGAAGGCGGUCAAGGCAUGGAGGGUGUGGAGCAGUCAAAAUCGGCGCCUGCGGCGGAAGAUGACUGGCUGGCUGUACCGACCGUUAACCAUCCGGCUUCAACGCCUACAACGAAUACAAAGGUAUCUGCUCAGGAGCAAGAGCCAGAACAGAAGGAUGCGGUGGAUGGAGGGAAAAUGAAGAGGGUGGUUACGAAUCAUGUGAGGAGCCAGAUCAGGGAUUUAUGCCUACUUGCACUGGGAGCAGGUAUUUCAGAGGAGGAGUUCAAGCAGACUGUUCUAGACAGCCUGCCAUAG